CAGCCUGGUGGGUCCCGCAGCAGCAGCGCGAAGUGGGGUUUCCAGUGGAGACCAUGCUGCUGCCGCCACCGUGUUGUUUGCCGUCGUUCCACCGUACCAAGAGGAUUCCAAGACCGGUUCUGGUGCGAAGGGCAAAAAACAUUAAAAAAGGCACGCUGAGUUGUAAUUAGGCCCGAAGUGAAGAGUAAAAUUGCGGAUACGUGCGUCGACGCAACAGCAGCAGCAGGAGCAGCCGGAGGAACAGCAGCACCAAACUCCAAACAAUGCGGUCGUCGUCUAGGUGGCCGUGCUGCGUUUAAGUCCGAAACUACUUCACCGCAGUGUGCCUUGGGUGGAAACGGUCGGGAGAAAACCUCGCCUCGUAACGACGAGCCUAGCAGCCGUAGUAGCCGUUUGGAAGAAUCUCGGGACCGGGUACAUCGAACAUCUCAGCCACGGCAAAAUGUCCGCAUCGUCGAAUUGGGACAAGUUUGUGCUGCUGCUGUGGAAGAACUGGAUCAUCCAGAAGCGCCACUACAUGCAGACACUGUUCGAAAUCGUGAUCCCAGUGGUGGCCUGCUCGAUGUUGAUUAUGGUGCGGGGACUGAACACACCGAAACACUACACCAAAGCGACCGUUCAUGAGCCGUUGAAUUUGCUGAGCCUGGCCCCGAUACGCGAGAUGUUGACGAACAAUCCGAUCACGUUGAAGAUCCUCUAUUCACCCCGGAACGACGUGUUCGAGCGUGUGAUAGGACGCGCGGCAAGGAUGCUGGGAACGGAUGUGCAAUACCAGGGCUACAAUGAUACCGAUCGAAUGUUUAAGGACCUGAUCGCCAACAAUUUCCUGGCCGGCGUGGAGUUUGGCGAUGAGUAUACGAACAUCACCGAGCUACCGAAACAGCUGACCGUGAACUUGCGAUUCCCGAGCGAAAUGCGUACGGCCAUGCUACCGGGUGCUAGCUUAUGGGCCAGCUGGCAAACGUUCUCCAUCUUCCCCCGGUAUCAAAUGUACGGUGCCCGAGCGGUCAAUGUAAGCGAUGGAGGCUAUCCGGCGAACUAUUUCGCCGAAGGGUUCGCCUCCCUCCAGAAUGCCAUCAGUUUGGCCGUGCACGAGCUGCGUGGAGGCACUAGUGGGACAUCCCUGCCGAAUGUGUUGCUCAGGCGCUUCCCUUAUCCACCGUUCUACAACGAUCCGCUACUGUUCGGGCUGGAGUCACUGUUCCCCGUCAUCAUUAUGAUCGCGUUCUUCUAUUCCUGCAUCAACACGGUCAAGUUCAUUGCACUCGAGAAGGAACGGCAGCUCAAGGAGUCAAUGAAGGUGAUGGGACUGAGCGGGUGGAUACACUGGGCGGCCUGGUUCGUGCGCACCUUUCUGCUGAUGUCCCUUUCCAUCAUCCUCGUGACGGUGCUGCUUACCUGCAAUCUCACCACCAACACGACGGUGGCCAUCUUCGAGUUUUCGAACCCGUUUCUGAUCUGGACAUUUUUGGUCGUGUUCGGUAUUACGACCAUCAUGUUUUGUUUUAUGUUGAGCACGUUCUUCUCAAAAGCUAACAUCGCAGCCGGUAUGGCCGGAAUCGUGUGGUUCUAUUCGCUUGCACCGUACCAGCUGACGUUUAACGUCUACCAAAGCAUGUCAUUCGCCACCAAGCUGGCCAUGAGUCUGUGGAGUAACACGGCCAUGGCGUACGGGUGUUCGAUGAUCAUGAAACACGAAGGAACGGCCAUGGGGCUGCAGUGGAAUAACCUUUUCCAGCCGGUCAGCGUCGACGAUUCGCUUACGAUGGCGCACGUCUUCGGUAUGCUGGUGUUUGAUGCGCUGCUCUACCUCGCCAUCGCCCUGUACGUCGAACAGAUCGCUCCCGGUCAGUUUGGUGUACCGCGGCCCUGGAACUUCCUCUUCACCAGGGCAUUCUGGGUCGAUGAAGUGUUCUGCUGGGGCACGGCAACGGAAUCCACUGCUAGGAGUGAUGAAGAACCGGCGGAACGAGCCCGUCUCAAUAGCAGCCAGCGAUAUCUGGCCAACAUGGAGUGUGAACCGACGGACAAACCGAUCGGCAUUGCCACGAUCGGACUGCGGAAGGUGUACGAUGCUAAACCCGUACCCCGGGUGGCCGUCCAGGGGCUGACGGUGAACUUUUACCGCGACCAGAUUACGGUUCUACUCGGUCACAACGGUGCGGGCAAAACGACAACGAUGGGCAUGCUGACCGGAAUGUUUCCACCGACGGACGGUAGCGCUACCAUCGAGGGCCAUCCUAUCGGCCAGAAGCGUAACUUUCGGAGUGUGCUGGGCUUCUGUCCGCAGCAUAAUGUCCUGUUUGAUGAGCUAACGGUUGCGGAACAUAUCCGCUUCUUCGCCAUGCUUAAAGGUGUCACCGGCGCGCUGGAGCUGGAAGCGGAAAUCGGAAAGUAUCUGCGUGCACUGGAGCUGGAGUGUAAACGGGAUGCACCAUCGCACACACUGUCCGGUGGUAUGAAGCGACGCUUAUCGCUCGCCGUGGCGCUUUGCGGUGGCUCCAAGGUGGUGUUUGCCGAUGAACCAACGUCCGGGAUGGAUCCGGGUGCGAGGCGUACCGUGUGGGAGCUGCUGCAACGGGAGAAGCGUGAUCGUACGAUCGUACUGUCGACACACUUCAUGGACGAGGCCGAUGUGCUGGGCGAUCGGGUUGCGGUCAUGUGCGACGGGGAGCUGCGAGCCAUCGGGACACCGUUCUUUUUGAAGAAACGCUUCGGUGCCGGCUAUCGGUUGGUGUGCGUUAAGCGACCGGACUGUCAACCGGAGGUGCUUACCAAGCUGCUCGGCCGUUUCGUCCCGAACGUGGCGAUUGAAUCGGAUAUCGGUACCGAGCUAAGCUACCGGUUGCCGGAGCAGUACCGUGGCAGCUUCCAGGCGGCACUGCAAGAGUUGGAGAAGAACGUCGAACGGUGCGGCAUCUCGAGCUACGGUAUUUCGCUCUCUACGAUGGAGGAAGUGUUUAUGAGGCUCGGUAGUGACGAUUUGCGCAUUGUGAGUGAGCAGAAUGGAACUGGACCAAAGCAGCACGAGACAGCGGAGCAGCACCACCAGGAUGGUGUUGCCUCAGCUCCUCAGAUCACAAUUACCGAGACGUACGAACCGCUGACGGGCAAUAGGCUUCGCUAUAGCCGCAUUAGGGCUAUGGUGAUCAAGAAGCAUCUAAGCUUUAUCCGUUCGUGGAAGAUCUCCACGAUACAGGUCCUGCUGCCGACCGCAUUUGUACUGCUGGUGAUGGGGAUCGUACAGAUCAUGCCCAAUCAAACGAUGCUACCACCGUUGAAGAUCACGCUGGCGAGCUAUGACCAUACCAGCACCGUCCUGUCGGUGCACGAUCAAUCCACGGCGAUCGCCAAAGCGUACGGUGAGCUGAUUCGGGAGGCAAAAGGACGCACGAAAGCUGCUUCUCACGAUCUGAUCGUGACGGAGCAAGACUUUGGAGACUUUAUACUGGACAAGUACGGCCAGAGCGUUUAUAAGGUCAACCGGGAUUACAUGAUCGGAUGCACGCUGAACACCGGGACGAACGUGCACACGGUGUGGUUUAACAAUAAGGGCUUCCACACGGCCCCGCUUACGCUUAGUCUACUCCAUAACGCGAUCGCCCGUACGGUUUGCCACAACUGUAGCAUCACGAUCGUGAACAAACCGCUCCCCUACAGCACACACGUGCGCUUCCUGCGCACCCAGAUCGGCAGCAAUCUCGGCUUUCAGCUGUCGUUUAACACCGGCUUCGCGAUGGCAUUCGUCGGUGCGUUCUACAUCAUGUACUACGUCCGGGAGCGUGCCUCCGGUUCGAAGCUGCUCCAGUUUGUGGCCGGUGUCGAACCACUGACCUUCUGGGGCGUUUCGUUCCUCUGCGAUCUGGCCGUCUACUGCGUCGCGAUGGCACUGUACAUUGCCACACUGGCCGAGUUCGGUGAGGAAGGUUGGUCGACGGCGGCCGAACUGUGGCGUGUGGUGCUCGUAUUCCUUUGCUUCGGUCUAGCGGUCCUACCGUUCACCUACCUCGGGGCGUACUGCUUCGGUGUACCGUCGACCGGGUUCAUUAAGAUGCUGAUCUUUAAUAUCUUCAGCGGGACGGUCAUGUUUACGGCCGUGUUUUUGCUGCAGGUGAAAGAGUUCUCUCUGACGCACGUGGCGGAACGGCUCGAGUGGGUCUUUAUGGUGUUUCCCGUGUUUGCGCUCACGCACGGGCUCAACAAUAUCGGUGUGAUGGAGACGAAGAAGCAGAUUUGCGGUGCGUUCUGCGAGGCGACACCGUUCUGUACGGAGAAAAUCCUCUGCAAAUUGCGCUCGGAAUGCUGUGAGUUGGACAUCUUUGCCUUCAGCCCUCGCGGUAUCAGUCGAAAUUUAGUGUUUAUGCUGACGGUGGCGGUGGUGUGCUUUACGAUUCUGCUGCUCAAAGAGUAUCGCCUGCUCGCCGGUAUCAAGGUGGGCCGGCUCGUGGAGAGCUUCAUCAUCCAUCGAAAGCACCACCACGCUAGCAGCACCAUCAGUGGUGGUGGUGGUGGUGGUGGUGGUGGUGGCGGCGAUAGUCGCGAAGAGCGGGAAGCCAUCGCACUGCAAGAGGAUUCCGAUGUGACCGAAGAACGGGCACGUGUACAGCGGCUGUGCGAUGAUCGAAUACCGGAAACCGACCCUCCGGAGGCACUGCUGGUGCUACGCGAUCUUAGCAAACGGUACGGCUUCACACUGAUGGCCGUCAAUCGGUUAACGUUUGCCGUUGGAGCACGCGAAUGCUUCGGGCUGCUCGGUGUCAACGGGGCCGGCAAAACAUCCACCUUCCGGAUGCUGACCGGUGACCGGAAACCAACGUCCGGUGAUGCCUGGAUCGGUGGCUACAGCUUACGCACGCAGCUACCAGCCGUUUACCGUCGGAUCGGCUACUGUCCCCAGUUCGAUGCACUGCUCGAUGAUUUGACGGGGCGUGAAACGCUUCACCUUUUUGCCCUGCUGCGCGGUAUACCGAGCUGCUCGAUCGCACCGAUCGUUGAGCGGCUCGCGGUCGAACUUCACUUUGCUGUUCAUCUGGACAAACGAACCGCCCAGUACAGUGGUGGUAAUCGGCGAAAGCUCAGCACCGCCCUGGCACUGCUUGGCGAUCCGGCCGUCGUCUACCUGGACGAACCGACCACCGGGAUGGAUCCGGGGGCGAAGCGUCACUUUUGGAAUGUGAUGUGCCGGGUGCGUGCCGAAGGACGGACGGCACUCGUGCUCACCUCGCACAGCAUGGAAGAGUGCGAGGCGCUGUGCACCCGGCUGGCGAUCAUGGUGAACGGUGCGUUCCGCUGCAUCGGUUCAGCACAGCAUCUGAAGAACAAAUUCUCCCAGGGUUACCUGCUCACGAUGAAGCUCAAGCGGACGGCAUCGAGCGGGGCAGUUCGUGCGUUCGUCACGGACACAUUCGCCGGAGCUAGCCUGAAGGAGGAGUACCAAAACUACCUCACGUACCACAUCGCCGCCGCCACCGAUUCGGGCCGGCGUUGGUCAGACAUGUUUGGGUUGAUGGAGCGUGCCCAGGAGCAGCUGCAGCUCGAAGACUACAGCCUGGGCCAGACAUCGCUCGAGCAGGUGUUCCUUACGCUUACCGCCGACCAGCGGGCUAGCGAUGAAUAGUGAACUAAGAACAACGCGGAUCUCCUCGUUCGCCUUGCCCAUUGCCUCGCCUGUACUUAACUCGAAUAAAGUAUUACGUUCAAUCCGA